AUUUUCACAACGGCGGAAUACGCCUACAGCACUAUUUACUGUAAACAUUUUACAGCACUGUUACGUAGAUAAAUAUAUUUUAUUUAUUUUGGUAGAAAAUAAAGCGUACUCCUAAAAAUGUCCGAGCGAAAGGUCUUAAACAAAUACUAUCCCCCGGACUUCGAUCCAUCGAAGAUUCCGCGCAUGAAACUGGCCAAGAACCGCCAGUACACCGUGAGAUUGAUGGCUCCAUUUAAUAUGCGCUGCAAGACCUGUGGGGAAUACAUCUACAAAGGCAAGAAGUUCAACGCUCGCAAGGAGGACGUGGAGAACGAAACCUACCUGGGCAUUAGGAUCUAUCGGUUCUACAUCAAGUGCACGCGAUGCCUGCAGGAGAUCUCCUUCAAGACAGAUCCGCAGAACACGGAUUACGAGAUUGAGGCGGGUGCCACCAGGAAUUUCAUGGCCCUCAAGUUGGCCGAGGAGCAGGCACGUCGCGAGGAGCAGGAACUGCGCGAGGAGGAGGCCAACAAUCCCAUGAAGCUGCUGGAGAACCGCACCCAACAGUCGCGCAACGAGAUCGAAAUGAUCGAGAGUCUGGAGGAGUUGCGCGAUCUCAACCGGCGCCAGCAGACAGUGGACUACAAUACGCUGCUGCAGCAGUACAACACGGUGGAGACGGAGAGAGAGCGCCAGGAGCGGGAGGAGCGCGAAGACGAGGAUUUCAUUAAGUCUGUAAACUUUAGGAACAAACCAGAAGGAAGCUCCCGUGUUGUGGCCGAGGAAAUCAUUGAGGAGGUCAAGGAGGAACCGUUGGAUCCACUGCCAGCUCCACCACCAGCCAAACAGGCCAAGCCCAGCACGCUAAGUGUUUCAGCCACAUCAUCCAGCAAAGCAUCUGCCGCACAGUCCCUGGUCAAAAGAAAGGCUCCGUUGGUACUGGUUAAACCCAAGACAACUCCAGUAGCAAAGCCAGUUGAACCACAGUCCAAGGAAGUCAAUGGAACGACGCAAGGCGAAUCUAAACCAGCAACAACGAUGACCUCAGUGGCAUCCGCACCACCGGAAACUAAAGCUGCAAAUCAGCCAGCUGUCGCUCCAGCUGGACUUUCCCUCUUGGCUGCCUACAGUGACAGCUCAGAGGAUUCCAACUGACCAAGCAUUUACCUGACACAUCUAACAACUCAAGAAACAUUAAAGAAAGUUACAAUAAUACAAA